GCCCCCGUCCCACUCUGCCCUGUUGCUGUCGCGCCGCUGCUGGCUGCUGUCCCUGGACCCCUACCAUGGAGAAGACUAUCGAAGAUCCCCCCACAUCAGCUGUCUUGCUGGAUCACUGUCAUUUCUCUCAGGUCAUCUUUAACAGUGUGGAGAAGUUCUACAUCCCUGGAGGGGACGUCACAUGUCGUUAUACCUUCACCCAGCAUUUCAUCCCUCGUCAAAAGGAUUGGAUUGGCAUCUUUAGAGUAAUGUUCUUUCAUUGUAGUCUUAAUUGGACUAUUCAACUCCUCAUCACCCCAGACACUGGUGGUAUCUGGCACCAGGUGGGAUGGAAGACAGUCCGUGAGUAUUACACCUUCAUGUGGGUUACUUUGCCCAUUGACCUAAACAACAAAUCAGCUAAACAGCAGGAAGUCCAAUUCAAAGCUUACUACCUGCCCAAGGAUGAUGAGUAUUACCAGUUCUGCUAUGUGGAUCAGGAUGGCGUGGUCCGGGGAGCAAGUAUUCCUUUCCAGUUCCGUCCAGAAAAUGAGGAAGACAUCCUGGUUGUUACCACUCAGGGAGAGGUAGAAGAGAUUGAGCAGCACAACAAGGAGCUUUGCAAAGAAAACCAGGAGCUGAAGGACAGCUGUGUCAGCCUCCAGAAGCAGAACUCAGACAUGCAGGCUGAGCUCCAAAAGAAGCAGGAGGAGCUAGAAACCCUACAGAGCAUCAAUAAGAAGUUGGAACUGAAAGUGAAAGAACAGAAGGACUAUUGGGAGACAGAGUUGCUUCAACUGAAAGAACAAAACCAGAAGAUGUCCUCAGAAAAUGAGAAGAUGGGAAUCAGAGUGGAUCAGCUUCAGGCCCAGUUGUCAACUCAAGAGAAAGAAAUGGAGAAGCUUGUUCAGGGAGAUCAAGAUAAGACAGAGCAGUUAGAGCACCUGAAAAAGGAAAAUGGCCACCUCUUUCUCAGUUUAACUGAACAGAGGAAGGACCAGAAGAAGCUCGAGCAGACAGUGGAGGAAAUGAAGCAGAAUGAAACUACGGCAAUGAAGAAACAACAGGAAUUAAUGGAUGAAAACUUUGACCUGUCAAGAAGACUGAGUGAGAAGAAACUGAUAUGUAAUGCUCUGCAGAGAGAGAAAGAGAGAUUGGAAGGAGAAAAUGAUCUUUUGAAGAGGGAGAACAGCAGAUUGCUCAGUUACAUGGGUCUGGAUUUUAAUUCUUUGCCGUAUCAAGUACCUACUUCAGAUGAAGGAGGCGCAGGACAAAAUCCAGGACUUGUCUAUGGAAACCCAUAUUCUGGUAUCCAAGAAAGUUCUUCCCCCAGUCAGCUCUCCAUCAAGAAAUGCCCUAUCUGCAAAGCAGAUGGUAUUUGUGAUCACACCUUGGAGCAACAGCAGAUGCAGGCCCUUUGUUUGAAUUGUCCAAUUUGUGACAAGAUCUUCCCAGCUACAGAGAAGCAGAUCUUUGAAGACCACGUGUUCUGCCACUCUCUCUGAGUAUCCCACCCUCUUGGAUGUAUACAGAGAUUUUAUAGAGUAGAACCUGUAGCUUCUGCCAUGAGUUAUAUGAGUCAAGAUCCUGCCUAACCCGAAAUUAUUAGGGAUUUACUCAGCCCUGCUGCCACUAACAGUGGAGUUGUGUCACUGAUCUGAAGGUCACUGUUAAGGACUUCUGCUGCCAUCCUUGUGGGUUGCUACCUUUAAGUCACAUAAUUCUAGCUGUAUCAUCCUCUCACCUAUCAUUCUUCCAAGGGUCUCAGUACAAGGGCCCUGGGAUGGAGCCAACCUGGGUAUUCACAACAGGCCUGACUUGAUACUAAGUGAUUGGUUUUCCUAGUUGUCCCACUGCCAUUCAAAGUCAGCCCUUGAGUGUAUUUGUUCUCAGUCCUAACCCUGUGGCCAGAGAUUGGUCCGAGGUUGAGAAUUCUUCCACCUCAUCCUCGGUGUUGCUUUCUCCAAAUGAUUGCGUUAGACUAGCCAAAAAUGCCAUGGCAAAGAGCUCAGAAGUCCAGUUUGGAUACCAAAGGUUUCUCAUGUUAAUUUCUCAGCCCCCAAAGAAGCAUCUUACUCCUGAACCUUAGACAGGAAGUAUUAUUUCAGUCACAGAAAGCUUUUCUGGGUACCUCUGGUUAGCACUUUCUACUCUCUGAUAUUUCCUAUGUACAUAGCUUGUAUUGUUGUAAAUCCUUUCUUAAUGGUUAAAUAGGGAUUGUUAGCAACUAUGGGUUUGCAGUUUUCUGAGUAGGUGAGUUUUGAAUAUGGAUAAGUCAGAAUAAUGAGACAACUUGUUAAUCUCUUUAGUACUAAAAAUAAAUUACUCUUCUAUUUCAGGGACUUAGGUAAUUUAAAAUAAACCUUCAGUUUAUAGUCUUUUAUUUUGAAGCUCAUGGGAAAACUGUGACCAAAAGGACUAUGGGAAGGACAGACCCCACCAAUGAUUUCUCUUCACUUGUCUUAAGCAUUAAACAAAAAAGAGUGUCCU